UUGCUUCGCAGCCACUAGUCGCUCCGGUGUGUGGGAGCGAGCAUUCAGCAGAUCAGAGCUUCAUUCAACUCCAGACACUUCGAUAGUUACAGGGAAGCUCAUCGCUGUUCUCGCCAGAGGAUGACUAGCAGUAACGUAUACGAGCAACCCAGCACAUGGUGAUGGAGAUGGAGGGACGGGUCCAAGGGUCCUACCAGGCGACCUUUAAUCACAGUUUUCCCAUUAACCAGACCCCGACCGACUAUUCGGUCCACCACUCGGAUAUGGACCAAAAUGAGUCUCUGGAUGCCAACUCAACCAAGACCCUUGCUCUUCCUAUGUACUAUUCCGCUGAUUUUAGGAUUAUAGCAGCAACAUUAAGUGCCAUCGUGUUCAUCGUUGGCUUUGUUGGCAAUACGUUGGUAGUGAUUGUGAUCGCGCGUACACGGAGCAUGCAUACCACGACAAAUUGCUACCUUCUGAGCCUCGCAGUGGCCGAUUGCAUUGUCCUGCUUUCGGCAACUUUACCAUCCAUUCCGGAACCUUUCUUUCAAGUAAACGAAUGGCCCUUUGGAAGGGCUCUGUGUUCAAUUUUGAUAUUUUUUCAGUAUGUUGGAGUAAAUGCCUCGUCGUUGUCAAUCACUGCGUUCACUAUCGAGCGUUAUAUUGCGAUAUGCCACCCCAUGAGGGCUCAAACUAUUUGUACGGUGUCCCGAGCCAAACGGAUCAUAGGCUGUCUAUGGCUAAUGACUCUGACGUACUGUUGUCCAUGGCUGGGGCUCACGGAUGUGCAGUCCAUCCAACAGUUGAAUGGACUUACAAUUGAAAAAUGUGACUUCCGCUUGCGACGAGACUCGUACCUUGUCUAUUACAUGACAGACCUUAUUAUUUUUUAUGUCAUUCCUUUCAUCAUUGCCGCUGUGCUCUACUGUCUGAUUGGGAGGAUAUUAUUCAUAAGUACUUUACCUAAAAACCUGGAAAGGAAUGCUCGCAAUGGGUCUGACUGGAGCUCUAAACGACACACUAAUUCCAGGGUACAGGUAAGCCGAGAGGUGGUGCGGAUGCUGAUUGUUGUUGUUUUCGUCUUCGCCACGCUGUGGAUGCCAUACAGGGUGAUGGUGGUCUAUAACUCGUUUGCCAGUAAGCAGUACAUGGAUCUGUGGUUCCUCCUAUUUUGUCGAACCAUGGUGUACAUCAAUAGUGCCAUUAAUCCAAUCCUCUACAAUGCCAUGUCGGUCAAGUUCCGUCGUGCCUUCAAGAACCACUUGUGCUGUGGUUGGCUCGACGUCUCUGUGAAAAUGAAGGCAAAUGAAGCGUUGAUGUUUGACCUUUUUGACCUUCGACCUUUACGCAGCACACCGCCAAAGAGAAAAGUUCAAACAUGACGUAUGAACCUUCUACAGGGACGACCUCGACUACAGCAUAUACAGCGUAACAUGAACCCUGCGGAAAAAAAGAACUGUUUUGGUUAAUGUCUCAUCUUAAUAUCAGAUGAAAGCCAAACGGGAUGCGGAUCUCAGACGUGUUCCUUCUGGGAAGCCACAACAGAUAUACUGGAAAUAGUAGAAGGGUCAUAGUCGGAGCAAAACCUUGGAUUCGAACUCAUGACCAACGGAAUAUGUCCAAACUGACACCGACAUAAGGGUGCCAAGCUGUAUGCGGCGCAUUUGACCACGAAACCAUUUGAAUCAAGACAGACCAACAUGAAGCCAGGCUAAAUAGAGGCUUGCGCAAGAGUGAGUGAGUGAGUGAGUGAGUAUGGUUUUACGCCGCUUUUAGCAAUAUUCCAGCAAUAUCACGGCGGGGGACACCAGAAAUGGGCUUCACACAUUGUACUCAUGUUGGGAAUCAAACCCGGGUCUUCGGCGUGACGAGCGAACGCUUUAACCACUAGGCUACCCGACCGCCCCGGCUUGCGCGAGAGACGGUAUCUAUUUUGGUAUGGUUAACUGUAUUUACUGAUAUAGGUAUGUGUCUUGAAGAUAGAAGACUGGGAUCUGUAACUUUAUAUCCCCCCUUGUCCCGACUAAAGGCACGUGAAGAACAUAAUAGUACUGAGCAUCCAUUGGGGCAUUGUGUUCAACGCUAUAUUGAACCGCAGUGGGUAUGUAGCACUGUAUUGAUUAUGCCCCUAAUAAAGUAUAUCUGUUACGAAGCUGAAGACAAUAAAACAUUCCAGACACAGCCUGUGAGAAGAUGUAGCAAGGUUGGUUUCAUAAUAAUCUAAUUAUGUGAUAUUCAAGCAUCAUGUUUGAAGACUCCAUUUUCGGCAAGCAUUGGUCAUUGCUCAAUAUUCAUUUUUUCAAGUGAUUAAUUCUGGUACACUUGUCAUUGUUUUCAUUUUAAAGUUAUUUUUUCAAAUAUCUCACACAUUAAUAUGAAAAUAACUCAGUUACUGCCCACAAGAUAACGUGUUUCUUUUACAUGGUGCAAGAUACAUAUACUCACUGCCAAAAGAAACGCGAACCAUCGAAACUUAUAGAGAAGUAUGUACGUUAAGAGGAGAUGUUUCCUAUGUGUACCAAAUAAUGACAAAACUAACAAUCAGUCAAGUGUAACCACAGUGUCUUAUUCUUAUCACGUUAUGCUUCACGUGAUUGCCAAACUGUACACGCUAAUCCUGCACGAGACAAAUGGUGCACCUCGAGACAUGGAUCUAUGACGUCACGUUAUGCUUCACGUGAUUGCCAAACUGUGCACGCUAAUCCUGCACGAGACAAAUGGUGCACCUCGAGACAUGGAUCUAUGACGUCACGUUAUGCUACACGUGAUUGCCAAACUGUACACGCUAAUCCUGCACGAGACAAAUGGUGCACCUCGAGACAUGGAUCUAUGACGUCACGUUAUGAGUCCAUGAGUGUCGCUUCACCCAACAUAUGUUUGUUUAUGGAUCUAACCAAUCUAUUAUCUCUUGAAUACGAGUAAGUAUUCAUAUAUUAACCAACAUAUUUAGUAUUCGCGUUUCUUUUGUCGGUGAGUAAUAUCCUGGUGUCAUCAAAAAGAUUGGGCGUAUAUAUAACACAGUGACGGAAUGGCAGAUGUAGUUAUACUGAAGAGAGGCACAGCGGUUGAAGGUUCGAUUUACAAAAAAUGUACGUUGUUUGCCAACCUUAUUUCAUAAUUGUUUUUUUUGUCAGCUUCGUCAUGUCAACUAGCAAGAUGCCCAGACAGAAUACGUUGGUUAUUUAUGACAUUUUGGGUGGUUAUUUUAGGAAGUGUCAUCAGCAGUUUUUAAAGUAAUAAUAGCACAUAAAUAGUUUAUAUGUAAAGGCUUAAUUUUUCUGUUUUUUUGUCAUAAUCUGUUUUGACAUUUCAUGUUCACUAAAACAAGGUAUCAUCUUCCAGCGUACGCGGUUAAAACUGAACAGGAAGUUCAUUGACGUUACGUCUCUUCAUAAAAUUUGUUACAGCGGUUUAAGUAAUUUAGCAAUUUAUCAAAACUUUAAUAUUAUAAAACCCAAGUGUUGACGUAAAUGUCAAUGCCUCAGGUACGACGACCACAAGUCAAGAACAUACAACAGUAUUAAGUUAAAGGCAGCAACCAACGCCCACCUGGGUAUAUUCCACUUCUGUUUACCUUCAUGGGAAAAGGCGGUAUUUCAUUUUUUACCAUAUUAUGAUUUCAUUCUUAAUACAUUUCAACAUUUAACAUUCAUUUAAUUGCUUCAUGAGAAACAAAAAAACAUGACAGUUUGUUGUUCAGGACUGUAGUAAUCAAUCCGAUUCAGGCUUACUUUUUUAAGCUAUUCUUAAGCAAAACGUUUUGGGUUUUUUCAUAUAAGGUGGCACGGGUGAGCUUGGCGCCCAAGGCAACUCAAUUCGCUAAGCAGAGUUGCGUCCCUUGGACACGCCAGAAACAUAUGAUAAUCUUGGUUCGCCCCGAUUAUGUUUCUAGGUUUGUCAGCACCAUACCCGUGUGGGACCUGCAUCACUUCGGGCUUUCUUCCCACGCCAAGCUGACACACCGUAAACAACUGGAAUACUGUUCAAAGCGGCGUAAAACCCAACUCACUCACUUUUAUAUAUGGGUUAUCAAUGAUGUAUAAACUCAACGACAACUUGUGGCAAUUAGCCCUCGGUACAAAUCUCUGUUUGCAAUACUAAACACAUCAAGAUAACAGAAUAUUAUCAAUAUUAAUAAGUAUGAUUAUUUCUACGUCAAUAAUAUAUUUGUGUGUUUACUUGUAUUGUUUUACUGCAUUAUUCAUGAAUAAUAUCUAUUCGUAUGUGAAUCAAUUCAAUUUUAAUUUGUCAUCGUAUUCAUUGUACACUGGGUUAUUGAUUGAUUAAAAUGUAUGUCAUAUGCUCGCGUACUGUGUUUUCGAGCCCCUAAAAAGUAUUUCUCAUAACGUGUCUAAUAACAAUCGCAAUACACUAAAAUAAAGUCUUACCUUUGAAAACAUUAAUUUCUGUUUACAAUUGGAUAGUCAAAUGACCACCUCUUGU